UGCCACCCUAGAGCUCCCUUCUGUAGAAGGAAGAGUCGUUAACCCCUCCUGCCUUGUCCUCUGCCGGCUCCGUGUGCCCAUUCUAAGCAGAUUCAUCCUACCUUUGGGCAGUACACUCCCUGAUCACUGUCUCCUUGCCUGCCCCUUCUCCCUGCCUCCUGUACUCUCUCCAGCUUCUUGGUCCCAUCCUGAGCAGUGUCAAGCCACCUCCUUCCUUUGUUCGGCCGUCUUGAUGCUUCCUUACCUGUUCCCCACCCUCUUUCCCUGGCAGCUCACUCAGUUCCCUCGGCCCUGGAAACCAGCCUCUAGGGGCAGAGGGCAUCAUGAGGGAUCCCUGAGAAAAGGGAGGAUGUGCCAGGUUAGACAGUGGGAGCUAGAAUUCUCCUGGGACCGUGGUCCCUUCUCCGCGUGUGGUCCAGGCCCUUUCCCUGACUUCCUACCCCUCCUGGGGCUCUGUCCCACCAAAAAGGGAAAGAGACAGCUGAGAGCUGACUGUGGGGUUUGGGAAAAGACUAUGUCAUCAGCUGGCCCAGUGCCUAUGAUCCAUCCGGCUGCUAGAGAUUCCCCUCCCCUGGGCAAGUCCCAUUUUUUUUUAAAGGAAAACAAAAACUAGAUUUUUGGGAAGCAAUGAAACACCCAUCUGAGUCCUACCACCAGAGCUCCUGGCUGAAUGGCUUAUAGCUCAGCCAAUCGUAGUGGCUCAGGAUGCUUAAAAGAGCUGGCGCGGAGAAAGGCUGGGAAGAACUCACAGGGAGACCCACAGACUCAUAGACACGGGAGAGAGAGGAGGAGAAAGACAGAAACAAAGGCACGGCGGAAGGAGGCAGAGAGAGGACAGGCACAGAAGCGAAGCCAGACAGAGUCUGAGGGAGUGCAAAAGGAGAGGCCAGAGAAGCUGCAGAAGACACAGGCAGGGAGAAACAAAGAUCCAGGAGAGGAGGGUGUGGGAGGAGAGUUUGGAGGAACCAGACCACUAAGGCACCUCUCCUAAGCUUAAGGGCCAAGUUUUCUCCAUCUCCUCUGAAGGUCCCCAGACCCUCUGAAAAUUCUGCCUCUGACCCUGGCUGGGGUCCGAGCCCCGAGGCUGCAGAGAGGAGUUUUCCAAAGCCAGGGCAGGGAGGACUUGGUGCCCAGACGGCCUCAGUCCCUCCCAGCUUCAGCACCAGUGCCAUGUCCCGGACGGACUCGCAUCCCGGGAGGGGCUUGGCGGAGUGCUGCCUGUGGGGAAUCCAACCCCGCCUGCUGCUCCCCAGCGUGCCCGUCUCCGAGCUGCUUCUGCUGCUGCUGGCCUCCCUCCUGCCCUCAGCCUGGCCGGCCAGCCCCCUCCCCCGGGAGGAGGAGAUCGUGUUUCCAGAGAAGCUCAACGACACCGACACCGUCCUGCCUGGUUUGGGCACCCCUGCCAGGCUGUCCUACCGCUUGCCAGCCUUUGGGGAGACGCUGCUACUAGAGCUGGAGCAGGACCCCGGCGUGCGGGUGGAGGGGCUGACGGUGCAAUACCUGGGCCGGGCGUCUGAGCUCCUGGGCGGGGCAGAGCCGGGCACCUACUUCACUGGCACCAUCAACGGAGAUCCGGAGUCGGUGGCAUCUCUGCACUGGGAUGGGGGAGCCCUGUUAGGGGUGCUGCAGUAUCGAGGGACCGAACUCCACAUCCAGCCCCUGGAAGGAGGCACCCCUAACUCUGCUGGUGGGCCUGGGGCUCACAUCCUACGCCGGAAGAGUCCAGCCAGCGGCCAGGGCCCCAUUUGCAACGUCCAGGCUCCUCCCGGGAGCCCCAGUUCCAGCCCACGAAGAGCCAAGCGCUUUGCUUCAGUGAGUAGAUUUGUGGAGACCCUGGUGGUGGCAGAUGACAAGAUGGCGGCGUUUCACGGUGCUGGGCUAAAGCGCUACCUGCUGACGGUCAUGGCAGCGGCGGCCAAGGCCUUCAAGCACCCAAGCAUCCGCAACCCUGUCAGCUUGGUGGUGACUCGGCUGGUGAUUCUGGGGCCAGGUGAGGAAGGGCCCCAAGUAGGGCCCAGUGCCGCCCAGACCCUGCGCAGCUUCUGUGCCUGGCAGCGAGGACUCAACACCCCCGAGGACUCGGACCCUGACCACUUUGACACGGCCAUUCUGUUUACCCGUCAGGACCUGUGUGGGGUCUCUACUUGUGACACUCUAGGCAUGGCUGAUGUGGGCACUGUGUGUGACCCAGCUCGGAGCUGUGCUAUCGUGGAGGAUGACGGGCUCCAGUCAGCCUUCACUGCUGCCCAUGAACUGGGCCAUGUCUUCAACAUGCUCCAUGACAACUCAAAGCCAUGUGUUGGUCUGAAUGGGCCUGGGAGUACCUCCCGCCAUGUCAUGGCUCCUGUGAUGGCUCACGUGGACCCCGAGGAGCCCUGGUCCCCCUGCAGUGCCCGCUUCAUCACUGACUUCCUGGACAAUGGCUAUGGGCACUGUCUCUUAGACAAGCCAGAGGCUCCCCUGCAUCUGCCUGUGACUUUCCCCGGCAAGGACUACGAUGCCGACCGCCAGUGCCAGCUGACCUUUGGGCCUGACUCACGCCAUUGUCCGCAGCUGCCGCCGCCCUGUGCUGCCCUCUGGUGCUCUGGCCAUCUCAAUGGCCACUCCAUGUGCCAGACCAAGCAUUCACCCUGGGCUGAUGGUACCCCCUGUGGGCCCGCACAGGCCUGUAUGGGUGGCCGCUGCCUCCACGUGGACCAGCUCCAGGACUUCAAUAUCCCACAGGCUGGUGGCUGGGGCCCCUGGGGAUCGUGGGGUGACUGCUCUCGGAGCUGUGGAGGUGGCGUCCAGUUCUCUUCCCGGGACUGCACACGGCCCAUCCCCCGGAAUGGUGGCAAGUACUGUGAGGGCCGCCAUACCCGCUUUCGUUCCUGCAAUACCCAGGACUGCCCAACUGGCUCAGCACUGACCUUCCGUGAAGAGCAGUGUGCUGCCUACAACCACCGCACUGACCUCUUCAAGAACUUCCCAGGGCCCAUGGACUGGGUUCCUCGCUACACAGGUGUGGCGCCCCGGGACCAGUGCAAACUCACCUGCCAGGCCCGGGCACUGGGCUACUACUAUGUGCUGGAACCACGGGUGGUAGAUGGGACCCCCUGUUCUCCAGACAGCUCCUCAGUCUGUGUCCAGGGUCGCUGCAUCCAUGCCGGCUGUGACCGCGUCAUUGGCUCCAAAAAGAAAUUUGACAAGUGCAUGGUGUGCGGUGGGGAUGGUUCUAGCUGCAGCAAGCAGUCUGGCUCCUUCAGAAAGUUCAGGUACGGAUACAACGAUGUGGUCACCAUCCCCGCGGGGGCCACCCACAUCCUGGUCCGGCAGCAGGGUACCCCUGGUGUCCGGAGCCUCUACCUGGCCCUGAAGCUCCCCGAUGGCUCCUAUGCCCUCAAUGGUGAAUACACGCUGAUACCCUCCGCCACAGACGUGGUCCUGCCCGGGGCAGUCAGCUUGCGCUACAGCGGGGCCACUGCAGCCUCGGAGACACUGUCCGGCCACGGGCCCCUGGCUCAGCCUUUGACGCUGCAGGUCCUGGUGGCUGGCAACCCCCAGAACGUACGCCUCCGCUACAGCUUCUUCGUGCCCUGGCCAACCCCUUCAACGCCACGCCCCCCUCCCCAGGACUGGGUGCACCGCAAGGCACAGAUUCUGGAGAUCCUCCGGCGGCGCUCCUGGGUGGGCAGGAAAUAACCUCACCGUCCCGGCUGCCCUUUCUGGGCACCGGGGCCUCGGACUUGGCUGGGAGAAUGAGGGGUUUCGGCAGCUGCCUCGGACCGAGACACAGUUGGGGAGGGGCUGUGAGGUGAGCCCGCCCCUCCUCUCUGCCUUACCGAGCAGGCUGGCCCUGCCCAGGUUUCCUGCCCUGGAUGGCUGGUGGAUGGAAGGGGCUGGGAGAUAGUCCCCUAUCUAAACUGCCCCCUCUGCCCUGCUGGUCACAGGAGGGAGGGGGAAGGCAGGGUAGACCCCGGUUGUAUUUAUUUAGUAUUUAUUCACUUUUAUUUAGCACCAGGGAAGGGGAUGAGGGCUAGGGUCCUGGGGAAACUGACCCCCUGCCCUCGUAGCCCUCACCCUGUCUAGGAAAUCCAGGGUGGUGGUGAUAGGUGUAAGUGAUCUGUGUGUGUGUGUGUGUGUGUGUGUGUGUGUGUGUGUGUGUGAGGUUCCUCCUGCCUAGCUUUCCUCUCCCUGAAUUUUCUUUUCUGGGAGAGGAAGAGUCAAGGGUAGGAUAGGCCUUCAGGGAGUAAGGGAUUAUCAUAUUUUUAAAUAUAAAUUGAAUUCUGCUAUUUAUGUGCUCCUUUUGGAGUCAGACAGAUGUGGGUUGCACCCUGGCUCCACAUCUCUGAACACUAGUUUCCUCAUUUGACGAUAAUAAUACCUCCCUUGGAAAUCUGUUGUAAGGAUUAAUGUAAAUAAAGAACUAGCAUAAUGCCUAGCACUUGGUAAGUGCCCAACAAAUGUCA